AUGAUAUUCCUUAUCGGAAAUAGCUCAUAUUUCCGUGUGCUCACCCCUACUACAGUCCUUCAUGACCACCGAUUAAGAGGGUUCCCUGAUAAUAUUUAUCUGAUAGUUUAUGGAAUUUUCCACUUGCUCAUUAUGUAUUUUGUCUUAAAAUGUGCAUAUAUCUGUUUGAAAAUUCGAGUUUUUCACUGGAACCUUACUUGCUUGAUAUUUAGCUGCUCCGUGCAAUGGUUUGAAACUUUUAUCGGGAGUCUGAUGAUUUUACCCUAUGAAUCGGGGUACUGGAUUCUUGGUGAGUCUAAUAUAACCAUCCAGCAAGGAUGGACAGAUAUUGAAUCGGAAAUGAUAAAAGUCCCAAAUUUCUUUAAUUUAUUCUUCCUUGGCUCCUUUCUCAAAUUUCAUUAUAUUCUGUCAAUGGGCACCACUGGACUUUUAUUAGCCGUGGAGCGAACUUUCGCGUGCUAUUAUUUAACAGAUUACGAGAAGAAGCCCAGAAUUCAUUUGGUUGUAAUUUUGAUUAUUGGACAUCAGACAUUCAAUUUUAUAAGUGCGAUUUUACAUUUUUUCCAAAUUCUGCAAAAUUUAGUAUAUAUCGUUUUGAUUGCUCUCAUACCAAAUGUGGUAUCUUCCGUGAUCUUUGCGGUAACCGAGAACUACAACCAGAAAGUCACAAAAACCAUUGAAAACUUUGCAAAUCCCAAUAAUUACACCCUGGCGGCUCGAUAUCAAGCCAAGGAGAAUGUCAAGUGCUUUGCGAUGAUCAAAAAAGUCAUUUUCGCCGGGAUUGGGAUGAUUUUCAUCUCCUGCUCAAGUAUUCUACUAAUUUAUUUCGACGUUUUCCCAAAUCACGUGGAUUUGCUCAAUUUUGUGUUUGAAGCGUCCUUGAAUGUAGGCCCCUCAUUCAUUGGCCCGACACUGAUCCAUUCCGUCGAUGCUUGGAGGAACUAUGAACUUUGUCCAUUUUCCAACAAGAUUGUAGCAGUGGCACGGAAAACUACAAUAGUCAAGGUGGUUCCAGUGGAGUGUGACAAAGAUUCCGAGUUGCGGAAGGAGACGGACACAUAUUUUCGACAAUUGAACAAUUCUUGGUCAUAGUUAUUAGGGUUAUUAGGUUGUAUUAAAAUAUAUAUUAAAAAAUAUAAAAUUUCAUAUAAAUGCA